AUUCGUGUGCAGUUGUUGUUGUUGUCGAGACCGGAAAUUGGAAGCCGGUGUUCUGUCAUAAUACUUGCCAGUGGGGACAGCGGUCAAAUACGUUUCUUUGCUUCACCAUUCCCCUACCAUAUGCCACCAAUAUUUACAGAUCCUGAGAGCAUGUAAUUUAAUGAAUGCAAAUUCCAUGGAAAUAUGGUAGAUCAAUGUGAUAUUUUGUGAGAAUGGCUAGGCACAGCAAGGUACAGGUCCAAGUUUUAAGUCUAUACCGUGAAUUUAUGAGACUCUCAAAAACGCAACCUGGACUCAGAGAUUAUGUGAGAAGUGAGUUCAAGAAAAACGCUGUAAUUCCUCGUACAAAUACACUCCAGAUUGAACAAUGUUACAGAAGAGGUUUGAGACAGCUUGAGAUGUUAAAACGUAAAGAUGUAAAAGGUGUUGGUGUUUUUACUAAAUCAGAAUAGAAAUCCUUGUUUAAUCAGAGAUAUAAACUUCAUUUAGCUUAAGUAAAGCAUAUAUCUGCUUCAAAAACAAAAUUAAUUGAGUUUUGGAAGUUUCUAAAAGUUACAAAACACAAAGAUGGUUUUUUUGCAAGCAAACACAAGGAUGGUACUAUGCAGAAGAUUUUGCUCUGAGGCAUCAGUUGCAAAGAAAGAUGUGUUCCAAAGAGUUUUGGCUGGUUUUCCUUCAGGAAUACAAAUGGCUUUCGCAUAUGGAUCUGGUGUAUUUCAACAGACAGGCGCAGAUAUGUCAAAAAACAUGCUUGAUUUUAUAGUGGUCGUUGACAAUCCAACAGAAUGGCAUAGAGAAAACAUUGAACAUAAUUUUAAACAUUACUCAUUUUUGAAACAUUUAGGAGCCAAAACGGUGUCCAAGAUUCAGAAUUCUUAUGGUGCUGGAAUUUAUUUCAAUACCCUAGUUCCGUUUGAACAGAGACUUAUAAAGUAUGGAGUUAUUGGUACAGAUGUAUUGAUUUCUGACCUGUUAAAUUGGGACACAUUGUAUGUAAGUGGACGUUUACAUAAACCUGUGAAGAUUGUAAAGAAACCAAAUUCAACUGAGCUUGUUCAAGCAUUACACACAAAUCUAUCAAGUGCUGUUCAUUCCUCGCUACUAUUUCUGCCUGAAAAUUUUACUGCAAAUGAACUGUAUAUGACAAUAACCAGCCUUUCCUAUAGUGGUGACUUUAGAAUGAAAUUUGGUGAGGACAAAGGAAAAGUGUCUAAGAUCGUUGCGCCAAAUUUGCCUUAUUUCAAUAAACUUUAUAACCCAAUUUUAAAUGAAACAGAAUAUUUAACGUACAGUGACGAAACAGAAUUAUUUAUGCACACUCUUAGCAAGGAAACAAGGUGUUAUCAUUUGAAUCAUGUACCAAAUGUUGUGGUUGAUAAGCUAUCGGAUAUAUGCAAAAAAACAAACCCAAAUAUCCCCAGACAUGAAAUUGUAGAGGUUAUAGCAUCCGAUAGUAAAUGUAAUGAAUUUGUUUCUGGGAGUAUAGCAAGUAUAGUAAACAAAUCUAGCUGGAGUCAGAGUGUCAAGGGUAUCUUGACAGCUGGCGUAUCCAAGAGCAUUAGAUACAGCUGGAGUAAAGUUAAGAAAAUGAUGAAAAAUAGUUAAGUCAGUUACAGAUUUGUGUACAGUUCUAUUUAAAAGUGAUAAGAGAAUCGAUAAUGAUUAAGAAUAAAAAGUAUAACUUUUAUUUAAAAAAUGUCAAUUUGAAGUGUUUAUGCAUACAGUGGAAGACUACUUUUUAUAAGAGGUUUUUUUUAUUGACUAAUCAAAGGAGAUAUAAGAUAUGAUUUAACAGAAAUAAAAUCUACCUUGUUAAAACUU